UGGCAUCGCAGUCGGUCGCUGGGGGCCGCCAUGCUUUCGGCGGCCGCGCGCGCGCGGCUGGCGGGCGGAUGUUGACGCCGUGAGGGAGCGAUGGCGGCGGCGGCAACGGCGGCGGGGCCCGGGCCCGGCGAGCGGCAGCGGCGGGUGCAGGCGCUGAGCGCGGCGCUGCGCUGCCGCCUCGGGCCCUACGAGCCGCUGCUGGGCGCCGUGCAGGCCGCGCUGGUGUGGGAGCGGCCGGGCCGCAGCGCGCUGUGCUGGGUGGCGGUGCACGGCCUGUUCUGGUUCUUUGCUCUGACUUCCCUUCGUUUCCUGUUCCUGAUUGCUGUAACCCUCAUAGUAGUAGUGUGUCUGGACCAGUGGAAGCACAAAAUCUGGCCAGAAAUUGGUGUGGCAAGACCUGAUGAAUUAGACAAUGAGAGCUGGGGAUAUGUCCACCCUCGGCUGCUGGGGCUGCCAGAGCUCUGCCACCAUUUGGCUGAAGGAUGGGUGACUGGGACCAACUUCUUAAGUAAUCUCUUCGUUUUCAAGAGGCAAAGUCCUGGCAAGUUUUGCCUUCUAGUGUGUGGAGUGUUCACUUUCCUGGCUGUCCUGGGCCAGUAUAUCCCUGGGCUCUUGCUCUCAUACUUGCUGUUGCUCUUGGUGCUGCUGUGGCCCCUGGCCGUGUACCACAGGCUGGGGCAGCGCAUGUACCACCGGCUGGAGCCCGUGCUGCAGCGGCUGGACUUCAGCGUCCGGGGAUACGUGACAGCGAGGCAGCGCCAGAGGCAGCUGCGUGGCCGGGCCCUGGGUCAGGAAGCCAUGGAUGAUGGGAGUGACAGCGAAGAGGAGCUGGCUGCAUUCUGCCCCAAGCUGGAUGACUCUCUGGUUGCCAAGGAACUGACCAUCUCCGACUCUGAGCAUUCAGAUGCUGAGGUUUCCUAUACUGAAAAUGGGAUGUUUAACCUUUCAAGGGGGCAGACCCCCCUGACAGAGGGAUCAGAAGACCUGGAUGGUCACAGUGACCCAGAAGAAUCUUUUGCCAGGGAUCUGCCUGACUUCCCUUCCAUAAACCCAGAAGCAACGUGCAUAGAUGAUGAGGAUGACACCAGCAUUGGGAUCCCGAGCCUGGCGUACCGCUCACAAGGGACAGAGGAUCUGCAGCUCCCAUACGAGCAGGAGGAAUUUGGCACGCUGCCAUCGGUGCAGAAUCUCACCAAUAACAUUGCUGGCUUUGUCACCCGGGGCAUGAUCCAGCUGGCACUGUCAGGAGGCUCUCAGCCAGGUUCCUCACGCAGCACCAAUCCCCAGAGAGGGGCAAAGACUCACCUCAGAGCAGCCAGUUUGGACUUGGACACUGAUGCUGAAGGGGAUGACUUUGAACUGCUGGAUCAGUCUGAGCUGAACCAGCUGGAUCCCAGUGGCUCCCGGGGCCAGUAAACCAUCCUGUCACUUCCCUCUGGUUUUCUGUUGCGCAUCAUGGAGUGAAUCCUAGAAGGAAAAGCUUUGCACAGUUCUCUCAAUCGUCUCCUGUGAGUCUGGGUGAUGUGACAGCCAGUCCUGGCUGGGUGCACCACUGGGACUUGUGACUCCGUAGCCUUGCUUGGAUCUUAAAAUAAAGGACACUGGCAAUCUGUAGGGAAGAGGCAUUGAUGGGAUAGCUCCACAAUCACCCUGCACUGUCUGACAUGAUGCUGCCUGCUCCAAACUUUUAUCUCUCAGACAAUAAAUCUGGUGUUUGCA